UAUCCUCGUAUUAUUGGAACGCCUGAAGGAAGGAUGGUGGGGCUGUGUGUGUCUGUCUGAUGAACCCCUAUUAUGCCGCUCAUGUAGUGCUCCCAGCCCGCCUGUAGCCCAGCAUACGGUAGAUUUGGCGUCCGAGUAGCUAAAUUCCCGCCCGAGGACCAGCCAUGACGGAGUACAAGUUGGUGGUGGUCGGAGCCGGUGGCGUCGGGAAGAGUGCACUGACCAUUCAGCUCAUCCAGAACCACUUUGUGGAUGAAUAUGAUCCUACAAUAGAGGACUCAUACCGCAAACAGGUGGUUAUAGACGGGGAGACCUGCCUGCUGGACAUCCUGGACACAGCUGGUCAGGAGGAGUACAGUGCAAUGAGGGACCAGUAUAUGAGAACAGGGGAAGGCUUCCUCCUUGUAUUUGCUGUCAACAACGCAAAGUCCUUUGAGGAUAUUAGCACUUACCGUGAGCAGAUCAAGAGAGUGAAGGAUGCGGAUGUAGUGCCCAUGGUUUUGGUGGGCAACAAGUGUGACCUGCAGGUGCGAGCCAUGGACAUGCAGCAGGCACGGGAGGUUGCCAAGAAUUAUGACAUUCCCUUUAUAGAGACCUCAGCCAAGACCCGCAUGGGUGUCGAUGAUGCCUUCUACACCUUAGUUAGAGAGAUCAGGAAAGAUAGGGAACUUCGCGGCAAGGCUAGGUCAAAGAACCCGAGGAGCAAGAGGAAGUGCAUUGUGUUCUAGGAGCAGUGUGUUGCGUAAACUUGUGAGCCUAACGGUAUUAACCCCAGGUUUGUGUGGCUGCCACGCAGGAACACUCAACACCAAUACAGGACUUGCAAAAACCAUAUUCCGCCACUCUAGUAACAGUGUAGAGAAGCCAUGGAAUAUUCGGGUGUGCUGCCAGGAUGGUGCCUGCUGGGAACCCACCUGUACCCAGGGACACCAGUUUAUGUGUGACCCAGUGAUCCUGUUGGUCCCUUCUUUUUCCUUUUUAUUUUGUUUCCUUUCUUCUUUAUUUUUAGUUUUUAUAUUGUAAUUCAUAUAAGCUUCUGGAGGUAAAACUUCAGUACACUUUGAAAACUUUGUGGUGGUCUGAAGCUGAUAGAAAGAAUAUUGUUGUCAAGUAUGUAGAAUACACUAAGGUCCCAAGGCGGAGCUUUGAACUGAUGGUGCCAGGAUGGGAGGGUCAUGGUCCUCUUGUCUGGCCUGACUAAACUCACUUAACACAUAUGCACAAACACACAUACACAUGCACAAACACACCAGCAAACAGAUGCACAAACAUAAAUGCACAAAUAAAUACAAACACAACUACACACACACACACACACACACACUCCCUGGCAGAACUGACAAGACUGUGGUGGGGAGCUGCCCUAGUUACCUUCCCAGAAUAUUAAAUAGCUCUUCUCGGGACCCAAUGGGGGAAGUCACUGGCUGAGCAGAAUGGUAGCAGAGGCAGGUGACUGGCUUCUUUAGCUUUUGUAUGAUGGAAUAUUUAAGACUUCAGUUAUCUUUUAUACGUCUGUUGUUGGUGCAUGAAGUUGAGAAUGUUGAUCAAACCGCACUAGACUGGACGUGUGACCCACCCUAUUGACUGCGUGGAAGAGUGUAGCGGGGACUCUGUGGAAAGGCCAGGAUCAAGGAAGAUGCAAUAUUUGUAGUAAGGAAACUAGGACCCUUAAAACUAGUUGAUAUUUCCUUCAUUUGCCAGGAAAUUAUUGGCUAAUGUCCAUUUUUGAGGGAUGAUGAAUUAUUAGGUAUUUUUGUGUCCUACUGCACAAAGGAGAUGUACGGAGAAAUAGUGAGACGUGUGUGUCGGGAGAACACGAUUUGUACUCUGUAUGGAUGGUCUGGAAUGUUUAAUUUGGAUGGAUUAGACUGUUUAUAGCUUGUUUGGUCAAGAUAGAUUUAACACAGUGGUCAUGUGUUCACAUUGUGUUCAGGGAAGUGUGGAGCAUGGGUGGUGGGGGGUGCAGAGGCACGGUGGUAGCGGCGGUGAUCAUGGCGUCCGGCCUGGUGAGGGUGGAUGGCGUGAAUGGUUCAUCAGGAACACAUACCUACACUCAAGGUGGACGGAUGAACUGGAACCACAGGUGGGGGAUGGCUCUGAAUCAUUAUCAGCAUUACUUUUCUAAUUGAUGCUCUUGAGCCCAUCAUGAUAGAUGCUCUAUGUAGAAGUUAUUGUCACAGUGCAGUACAUGACUGAAAGGCUGGUCUUGAGAUUACCAUACAGUGGCACUAUCUGUUCUGUUUAUUACAUGACAUUGGAAUUAAUGAAUCUUUUUACCUCUUUUUUUAAGUAUCCUUGGACCUCCAAAGGUUAUUCUAAAUGCUUUAUGGUGGGGAGUAGAUGUCUUAUAAGUAUCAGCAUAGGCUUGCAGGGGUGUGUUUUGGUGAGUCAGUCUCUCUCUCUCUCUCUCUCUCUCUCUCUCUCUCUCUCUCUCUCUCUCUCUCUCUCUCUCUCUCUCUCUCUCUCUCUCUCUCUCUCUCUCUCUCUCUCUCUCUCUCUCUCUCUCUCUCUCUCUCUCUAUAUAUAUAUAUAUAUAUAUAUAUAUAUAUAUAUAUAUAUAUAUAUAUUAUAUAUAGAACAAAGGAUGAUAGUAGAAAUUGUAGAUACUAAAAUGCAGGGAAAUCACCGUGGAAAUCUUCAUUCCUCCUGCUUUAUUGUUUUCCAACGUUUUGCCUUACAGCAACAGGCAUCAUCAGGGCCUACAAUAAUUAAUGACAAAAUAUAAAUAUGACAUAGUCUAAAAAAGACAUUAUGGAAACAUUAAGUUUAAAACAAAGUUAAAACCAUAAAAGAAUUUAAGUCACAAUACAUCGUCAAAAGACAAAAAUGCACAAUACAAAAACACAGAGGUACACAGAAAACCAACCUUGAUGUGUGCUCUACGUGAUAGAGGAAGGAACUGACUAGAACGGUAGUGUUAUGGUGAGAGGAAAGGUAGGAAAGAAGGGUGAAGCAAAAGUUUGAGACAUCUAUUGAAGGAUGUGAAGCCUAGUUGAAGAGAGAUGAUUAUUUAGUUCAGGUUGUAAAUGUUUUAUAAAUAGUGCUUCCAAAAGUUUGGUAUCUGUGUUGGAUUGGCAUCUUUGCAGAAUUUUGAAGUCAGCAACAUCAAAAGGAUGAUCACUAUCAUGUGAAUGUGUUCUGAUUGCAGAAAAAGAUAGGUUAGAUAAAGGUCUAUUGGUUCUAACAGAAAAACCUUUGUGCCCAGCUAUUCUGUGCAUUAGAUUUCUACAGGUCUCACAUACUUUAUAGCACGAACAGCAAAAUUCAUAUAUGACAUUAGAUGAGAUUUGUAGGAACACAAUCUUUAAAUUUGAAAAGAGAGCCAGUAGUAUGACGAUUAGUAAAAAUAAAGAAAAAUUUUGUGUCAGGGUAAUAUGUUUCCAAGGAGCUAUUAAGGGUUUUCCUAAUAGAAUAACUGAGGUGACCAUAAAAGGAUAACGUAAUGUAUAUUCUUGUUUUCCCUGGAGUUGUAGAAGAGACGGGAGAGUUAGUAAAUUUAUUGUCAAGAAAUUUUGAGAUAGUAGAGCUAAUAAUAUUACGAGGAAAGUCAUUAUUUAAAAAGAAAGUAGUAAGAAACUUAAUCUCAUUGUCAAACAAUUCUCAAGAAGUUAGGCUGUAACAUUCUUAGAAUAGAUGUCUCAAACUUUUGCUUCACCCUUCUUUCCUACCUUUCCUCUCACCAUAACACUACCGUUCUAGUCAGUUCCUUCCUCUAUCACGUAGAGCACACAUCAAGGUUGGUUUUCUGUGUACCUCUGUUUUUUAGUAUUGUGCAUUUUUGUCUUUAGACGAUGUAUUGUGACUUAAUUUUUUUUUUUUUUAUAGUUUUAACUUUGUUUUUAACUUAAUGUUUUCAUAAUGUCUUUUUUAUGUCAUAUUUAUAUUUUAUCAUUAAUUAUUGUAGGCCCUGAUGAUGCCUGUUGCUGUAAGGCAAAACGGAAAAUAAUAAAGCAGGAGGAAUAAUUUCCACGAUGAUUUCCCUGCAUUUUAGUGUAUAUAUAUAUAUAUAUAUAUAUAUAUAUAUAUAUAUAUAUAUAUAUAUAUAUAUAUAUAUAUAUAUAUAUAUAUAUAUAUAUAUAUAUAUAUAUAUAUAUAUAUAUAUAUAUAUAUAUAUAUAUAUAUAUAUAUAUAUAUAUAUAUAUAUAUAUAUAUAUAGGAUGGUUGAGUUCUGCAAGUCUUUUAUCAAUCCAGCUUGUAUGAGACUGUUUUGUGGUGUUGGAACUUCCCUGCACCUCUGGCUCUGGUUUGAAAUGUUUGGUAGUGGAGUUAAGGAUGACCAACAUGGAUGUCAUGAAGUGUUGUUCCAAGUGUUCUGGCAUCACUAUUGUAGAUGGUUGAACUGCCCAGCAUGGAUGAGCUGAGGGCUGUGUAGAGCUCCAAGUAAACACCCCAGAUAACUUUGGUUAAGAACUUGAACUUUUCUAUGACAGAUUUUCAAGUUUUGAGUUAGUUUGCAUUUUGGAAGUCAUUGGAAAUUGUAAUUUAUUGAUAAGCAAGAUUUCAUCACAUAUGCUAACAUUUAUACUCUUUCAGUUUUCCUGAUUAUGUAUAAGCAGCAGCAGCAGCAGUAAAGGCUGUCUCUCAUUCCCUAAUAAAUCUUCAUCAGCAUUGCAAGACUAAAGACAUUAUAUGAUAUCAGGGAAGCUGAAGGAAUACUGUAUUAACAUAUCCAGACAAAUGUUUUUUCCAUUCAAAAGUAACCAUUGCCCUUGCAUAAGAAAGGUAAUGAAGGUGUUUAUGGUCAAGACUGGCGGUGUGGCACUUGUCUCUUGGGGCCACUCCAGCACUAGAGAGCUGAGGCUACUUGGGCAGCUAUGCAUAUGAUCCUCAAGAAAUUAAUUCUCAAAAUUAAUGUUAUAAAUUAAUGCUUAGUGUUUUAAAGAAGUAAUUUUUAGGUAAUGAUGCUGUAGGCCAAGUGUCGGAGAAGAAGCAUGAAUUGCAGGGAGGCCAGUGUUGGUCCCUGGCAGUGAGGGGAUAGUGAUGCAGCUAUUAACUGUGGACUAUUAGUAUUGUACAGAGGCUCCUGCAGUGAGCCAUCAGGCCUGCCCUCAACCCUACUGCGUCUGGCCUCCACGUCCAAGAGCAUUAAUGUCUGUGUUACAUUGUUCAUUUUAUCAUGUUCCCCAAUGUUAACAAAGCUUAGAUGAAACAUGAAGACUAUUCCCUUGUUACUUGAUGUGUGUCUCGGUAACACUGGCUGGCUGUACUUGUUGACGAGUGACCCAAGCAAGUCUCGUGCAGGUUGUUUUUAUGUGUUCACAAUUUUUGGUUGCAUUCCCCCUCACGUGUCAGAUUAUUUUGAUGUGGUGCUGAGGCAGCCUGCAGCUGGAGAACAGCAACAUUUAUACCACUAGGGAAUCCCCGCCUCCCUUGCCCUGGUGCUGUGUGCCCAGCAGCAAGAGGAUGCUGCCAGCACCGUCUUGAGGUAUUGCUGCAGCCUGGAGCUCGGGUGACUUGCUUCCAGCACUAUGAUCUACAUCUGUUGUUUGUCAAUAUAUUUCUGAUUUGUCAGAUAACUUUUGAGCAUUUUUUAAUGUUAUACUCAUGUAUGUGUGUACAAAUAUUAGGCAUCUUGGAGGUAAACAAGAUCACAGGACGUUGCAAGAGUAAAUGUUUUGCUCAUGUGCCGAGGUGUGGUUGGUGUGUGGAGGGCCGCUGGGUGCCAGUGUUCCCCAGCCAGCACUCUUGGCAGGCAGUUCUGUGUCAUUGUAUUUGUGAUAUUUUUUUAUCAUUUUUUAUUCUAUAACAAAAACUGAUAAUUGUAUGCAAGUGUUUAUAAUGCAUGUCAAUCUCAUUCUGUUCAGUAUUUUAAAUUGUCAGUUUUGAUGACCUUUAUAUAAUUUGUAAUUAUAAGCACGUGCAGGGCAACUCCAAAGUAGAUCAUGAUAAAUUAAAAUUAUGUAAUUAUUUAAUUAUAGAUAUAUGUUCAUAUUUGAUUUUGAAAGGGUCACAAGUUUGCUUUGUCACCAUUAGAAGUAUGGUUCUUCCAAGUCUAAUAUAAGCUAGACAUUACUCCAGUAUCUUUCCUGACCCACUGCUGAGAAGGUGUAUGAUGUUGGAGGGUGUGUCCUGCAUCAGGCCUGGACAGUGGAGCCAUCUGAGGGAGGAGUCCCAGUGAAGAGUAAUCAACCAAUAAUGUCCCAUAGAAUCUUGAGUGCUGCCGGAGCAAAGACUUCAAGACGAGCAGUUUACUUAAACCUUUACCAAACUGUGUAUAGAUCUAAAGCUAUUUUAACAAGUGAGUAACAGGUUUAUAUUAUUUUAAACUUCUUUUUCAAAGGAUGCAUAAGUAACUGUCAUGUAACUAAUAUUUUUGUGCCAUAACUGUUAUGAAAUCCACAAGUAUUUUAAAAUUCUUUCAUUCAGUUUAAUCACAAGUGUGAAUAUUUCAAGCACCUCUCACUGCACCAGAGUGAGGCAUACAGCUGACCAUCUCUCUUCAGCUCUCAAGGAAAGUCUGUAAAACGGUCAUGGCAAAAAUGUGUAACACAAAAAUUGCAAA